AUGCCAAUUAAUUAUAAAGAGAUCGAAGAGUUUUUAUGCAAAUUGGCACUUGAAAAAGUUGGUCCCAUAAUUAAAUCAAAAUCAGGUACAUUACAAGAAUAUGAUUUAAAAACUGGGUCAAGAAGAGUUGAUAUUGUUACUGCCAUUGAUAAACAAGUAGAGGCAAUUAUUUGGGAAACUGUUAAAAAGGAAUAUCCAGAUUUUAAAUUUAUUGGUGAAGAAAGUUACAUUAAAAAUGUUACUAAAAUUACAGAUGAACCAACCUUUAUUAUUGAUCCAAUUGAUGGUACUACAAAUUUUGUUCACGAUUUCCCUUUCAGUUGUACUUCUAUGGGGUUAACUGUUGAUAAAAUUCCGGUCGUUGGUGUCAUUUUUAAUCCUCAUAUCAAUUUAUUAGUAUCUGCAUCAAAAUCCAAUGGUGUUAGAGUGAAUGGGAAAGAAUUCGAUUAUAAAGAUAAAUUGAAAUCAAUGGGUCCAUUGGUGUUAAAUAAAUCUAUUGUAGCACUACAACCAGGUUCUGCAAGAGAAGGAAGUAAUUUCAUUUGUAAAAUGAAGACUUAUCAAAACUUGCUUGACUGUGAAAAGGGAUUUAUUCAUGGGUUUAGAAACUUAGGUUCCUCAGCAAUGACGCUAGCUUAUAUUGCUUUAGGUAAGUUAGAUAGUUACUGGGAUGGUGGGUGUUAUUGUUGGGAUGUUUGUGCAGGUUGGUGUAUUCUUAAUGAGACUGGUGGCACAAUUGUCGGUGCAAAUGACCAAGAAUGGCAAAUAGGAGUUAAUAAUAGGACAUAUUUAGCUGUUAGAGGCUGCUUUGAAAGCACUUCUGGUGAACAGAAGAAAUACAUUAAAGAUUUCUGGUCAUGCGUAGACGGAAAAUUGAGUUAUGAAUAA